AUGCCCGGUCUAGUUCAGCGAGGACGAAAGCGCCCGUCGCGCGCUAUUAGCGAGGACCUCGACGAGUCUUCCGAUGCCUCGUCCUCGCCUUCCACCAACGGCAAACGCGCCCGCCAUGGCGGAGACGCGCCUUCCUCUCCCGCGCAAACGAACGGCGACGCAAACGGCUCGACCGAAGGCGACUUCAAAGCAGGCUCCCUCGUCAGAGUGAAGCUGGAAAACUUCGUUACAUACACGGCUGCGGAGUUCCAUUUAGGGCCGAGCCUAAAUAUGGUCAUCGGGCCCAACGGCACAGGAAAGAGUACCUUGGUCUGCGCAAUCUGUCUAGGUCUGGGAUGGGGCAGCGAACACCUGGGAAGAGCCAAAGAGGUGGGGCAAUUCGUCAAACACGGUGCUGCCGAAGCCACCAUCGAGAUCGAGCUCGCAACGGGUCCUGGCAAUGGCCCCAAUCGCAUUGUCAGGCGUGUCAUACGCAAGCGCGACAACAAGUCCGUCUUUUUUCUCGACGGCCCACUUGUGUCUAAGGAGGCUGUCAAACAAAUGGCCAGGCAAUAUUCCAUUCAGAUCGACAACCUCUGCCAGUUUUUACCGCAAGACCGUGUAGUGGAGUUCGCGAGGAUGAGCGACGUCGACCGACUACGAGAGACCCAACGCGCUGCAGCGCCUCCACAGAUGGUAGCAUGGCAUGACCAGCUCAAGGAACUCCGUACAAAGGAACGCGCUUUGCAGACGAAGCAGAAGAACGAAGAAAGCCAUCUAGUCGCGCUGGAGAAAGCACAAAGUACAACAAAAGAUGACGUGGACCGCUAUCAUCAACGAGAAGGUCUUGCGCGGAAGUCGAAGUGUUUGAAUUCAGUCAGACCUAUUAUUGAGACGAAAAUCCUCAAGACUGAGAUUACUGCAGUAAAGGCAGAAAUUCGAGACGCUAGACUGGAGCUCGACCAAAUCAACAUCGACAUAGAACCAGCGCGAAGGGCUCAAGCAGAAGUCGAAACAUAUCAGAACGAUAUUGAGCAAAUCGUAAACCUUCGCAAGAACCGCGUCGACAUGAUCAAGACACAGGCUGAAAAGCUCGCGACAAAGAUUGAGAACGGCAAAGCGAAAGCGGCGGAAACUGACAAUCAAAUCAAAGCCGAAUUGAGUUCGAAGAAAAAGCGCGCAGAUGACAUGGUUCGCCUCAACCGCGAUAUCACCAGGCUAGAAGCCCAGCGACAGGACCAACCCGCGCAAUUCGACGCCGAAUCUUACGAGCAGCGCAAGUCAGACCUUCGCGACCAAAUCUCUACUAAUACGGGUCUCAUUUCCGACAAAAGAAGUAGCAUGAAAGAGAUGGCUGCCCGCGCAGGCGCCAUUUCGGCGCGAAGCAAUCAGCUGAAGGCUGACCGGGAACGACUGAACACACAGAGCGGAAAGCAAGCGAGCCGUUUGUACAAACUCUCCGAGGAUACAGCUAAAGCAUGGAACUGGAUUCAAAACAACAAAGCAUCCCUGCAAUUGAAAGGUGAAGUAUUCGGGCCACCGAUACUCGAAUGUUCCGUCACAGAGCCCCGGUAUGCUAAGGCUUUCGAGAGCCAGUUGAGAAAAGGCGAUAUCAUUGCCAUCACUUGUACCAACAACGAGGACUCGAAGAUGCUGGGAAAGCGUCUGCUCAGUAAAACAGCCAACGGCGGGCAGGGAUUCAAUGAUGUCUUUCUUCGAACAUCACUAAAGCCGCUCUCUUCGUAUCAACCACCCAUGGCUAGGGCAGGCCUGGCUCAAUAUGGGUUUGAGGGGUACAUUCUGGACUACGUCAAAGGACCCGACGAGGUCUUAGCCAUGCUUUGCGAAGGUUGUAGACUGCAUCAGAUCGCGUAUGCUGCAACGCCACUAUCUGAUGCUUUGCAUAAGGUUGUGGAGGAACAAAGCCCGGUUAAUAGCUGGGUGAGUGGUUCGGAGACGUAUCGCGUGAUCUCACGCUACAACCAGUCUUCUACGUCCGUCAACCCACUAAGACCAGCACAAUCUUUCGUAGAUCAGCCAGGCAAUACGGAUGAGUUGCGAGCCAUCAUUGAGGAACAAAAGGGGCUAGUACGAGAGAAAGAAGAGCUAGUCGAAAACCACAAGAUCCUCAAGGACGAAGUCAGCAAACUCGAGGAAGAGAUUGACGCCCUCAAACAACAGAAGGAUGCUGUACAGGCCGAGCAGGACGGGUUGAAGAAGGCUUUCGCCGAAUGGGAAGCUCUACCUGACAAGAUUGCAUCGAAACAAGCCGACCUACACAGCAAGAUGCAGGAAAACGCGGAGACAACUGCCCGCAUCAAAGCCAUCAAAGCUGACGCUCGUGCUACACUACUGCAGGUAGCGAACCUGACACUCGAAUAUGCUAAAGUUGUAACCCAAAUGAGGGCAUUCCACGAGUCACUUGUCGAGGCUGAGAUCCGGCUCAUCGAAGUCAAGUCGGAACUCAGGGGUCUCAUAAAAGAGAAUAGCGCGAUCCUGGACAGAAAGAAAGCACAAGAAAACCAGAUCAACGAGCGCACGAAUCACGAGCGAGUUCUUCGGGCCAAGUACAGAGAGCUGCAAGAGGCUACGCAGAGAGAUAUCUACAGUCUCAGCGAAGAAGAAAGGCAGAUCGUGAUGGAAUACAAAGAGCUUCCCACUCUCGAAGCCUUGGAGCUAGAGCUUCAGUCGGUUAACUCCCGGCUGGAGAUGAUGGCCGAAGGUAAUCCUGGGGCGAUCAGGGCCUAUCAGAAGCGUGAGGAAGACAUCAAGAGAACGCGUGAGAACUUGGAACAGUACGCUGCUGGCCUCGAAGAGAUCAAAGACAACAUCACAGAGAUCCGCGAGAAGUGGGAGCCCGAGCUUGACGUUCUCAUCCAACGGAUCAGCGGGGCUUUCGCGCACAACUUCGAGCAAAUUGGAUGCGCGGGUGAAGUCCAGGUGAACAAAGACGAAGACGACUUUGACAACUGGUCCGUCCAGAUCUCAGUCCGCUUUCGAGAGAACGAGCCGCUCAGCGUGUUGAACUCUCACCGCCAGUCCGGAGGCGAGCGCGCCGUAUCAACAAUUUUCUACCUGAUGGCGCUACAGGAUCUCGCCCAGUCACCAUUCCGCGUCGUCGACGAAAUCAACCAGGGUAUGGACCCCCGCAAUGAACGCAUGGUACACGAGCGCAUGGUGGACAUUGCAUGCCAAGAGAACACGAGUCAAUACUUCCUCGUCACCCCCAAACUUCUGCCUGGUCUCAAGUACCACGAGAAGAUGAAGGUGCAUGUCAUCAACUCUGGAGAACACAUUCCAGUAGCGCAGGACGUCAAAGACGAGUGCAAGUGGAAUUUGUCGAGUAUGGCGGAGAUCGCGUUACGCGUGAGGAGAAGCGUUGCAGUUGCAUGA